GACCAAGGAAAAAUGUCUGGAAUUAAUCCAGGAGAUGAAAAAUUAGUGUUCGAGUCGUCCGAGGCCGUUUCUGUUAUUUCAACGUUCGACGACCUUGGCCUAAAGGAAGACCUUGUCAGAGGAAUAUAUGCCUACAACUUUGAAAAACCUUCUGCAAUCCAACAACGAGCCAUCCUACCGAUAACGCAAGGGCGGGAUGUCAUCGCCCAAGCUCAAUCCGGUACUGGUAAAACGGCCACAUUCUCCAUCUCUAUCCUACAGUCCAUCGACGUAUCCGUGCGCGAAACGCAAGCACUAGUCCUUUCCCCCACUCGCGAACUCGCAACCCAGAUCCAGUCUGUCGUUUUGGCCCUUGGGGAUUACAUGAACGUUCAGUGCCAUGCCUGCAUUGGGGGGACUUCCAUUGGCGAAGAUAUCCGAAAACUCGAGUAUGGACAGCAUGUCGUCUCAGGUACCCCCGGUCGUGUCUUCGAUAUGAUUCGCCGACGUAGUCUGCGAACCCGGAAUAUCAAGAUGCUGGUCCUUGAUGAGGCCGAUGAACUCCUUAACAAGGGUUUCAAGGACCAGAUAUAUGAUGUCUACCGCUACCUUCCCCCCGCGACACAAGUCGUUCUCCUCAGCGCUACUCUUCCGUAUGAUGUGCUGGAGAUGACGACAAAGUUCAUGACGGAUCCUAUUCGCAUCUUGGUGAAGCGUGACGAGUUGACGUUGGAAGGCAUCAAACAAUUCUUCGUCGCUGUAGAGAAGGAGGAUUGGAAGUUCGAUACACUCUGUGAUCUCUACGACACCCUUACCAUCACCCAAGCUGUCAUCUUCUGUAACACAAGACGAAAGGUGGACUGGCUGACAGAGAAAAUGCGCGCGUCCAACUUCACCGUGUCAUCUAUGCAUGGUGAGAUGGUGCAAAAGGAGCGGGAUGCGAUUAUGGCUGAAUUCCGUGGGGGCACUUCCCGUGUUCUCAUCACCACCGACGUAUGGGCGCGUGGCAUUGAUGUUCAGCAAGUGUCGCUUGUCAUCAACUACGAUCUCCCUGCGAAUCGUGAAAACUACAUCCACCGUAUCGGUCGUUCAGGUCGUUUCGGAAGAAAGGGCGUUGCCAUCAACUUCGUCACUGUGGAUGAUGUUCGUAUCUUGCGUGAUAUCGAACAAUUCUACAGCACUCAAAUUGAUGAGAUGCCGGUGAAUGCAGCGGAGCUUAUUUAGCCGUCUCAGUGUGUACUAGUGUUCAUUUACUUAACUCAUUUAUGUAGUUUAUUGCUCUGAGUUUUCGUGUUGUCUUUGCUCAUCCUUCUUGAGGUAGCAUCGGCGUGUAAUACGCUACGUGAUGCAGUACUGACUGUCGGCGCGCGAUCCUGGGUAAGAACAAUCUCUGUCGGUUUAUUUCUUGUCAAGCUAGUCGCAUUACUG